CAGAUUGUUCAUAAAGGACAUGCUCGGUGCAGUCCGAAUUUGGCAGAGAAAGAAAAUCAAAGAAACGUUCUACAAGAUGGCGACCGCCUGUAUGGCGUUAUCCUCCAUCGCUCCAAAACUUGAGAAGGAAAACAGUGAGACAGCGGUUCAAAAUCUGGUUGAAAGUCCAGAAUCGUACAUCAAGCAUCCUUUACAGAACAGGUGGGCUCUUUGGUUUUUCAAGAAUGACAAGAGCAAAACUUGGCAAGCCAACCUUCGACUCAUCUCCAAAUUUGACACCGUGGAGGACUUCUGGGCCUUGUAUAACCACAUUCAGGUGUCCAGUAACUUGAUGUCCGGCUGUGACUAUUCACUCUUCAAGGACGGCAUUGAACCCAUGUGGGAGGAUGAACGCAAUAGGCGAGGCGGCCGCUGGCUCAUCACGCUCUCCAAACAGCAGCGCAAGGCUGACCUCGAUCGCUUCUGGUUGGAGACGCUCUUGUGUCUGGUGGGGGAAGCAUUUGACGACCACAGUGACGAUGUGUGUGGCGCAGUCAUCAACGUACGAACCAAAGGGGACAAGAUCGCCAUCUGGACCACGGACUAUGAAAACAAGGAUGCCAUCACACACAUUGGGCGUGUCUUCAAAGAAAGGCUCGGAGUCCCUUCCAAAGUGGUGAUUGGCUACCAGUCGCAUGCUGACACGGCCACGAAGAGCGGCUCCACCACCAAAAACAAGUUUGUUGCCUGAUGACAUCCACAUUCUGUUUUUUUUCUGGGCCACCUUUUUCAACAUGAACAUUAACAAGAAAUGGGGACACUUGAUUGCGUCUUGUUUGUUUAUUUAAGUUUCUAUACAUGCGCCUAGUGAUUGGCUGCACCCCUCCACUGCAAAGUGUAUGGUGAUUGUGUUUCAAGAGUAUAUUUUUGUUCCAGGAAUGCCUUCUCGCCAAGCCACUUGUACAGUGUGAAUAGUUAAAAAAAAAAAAAAAAAAAGUGAUACCUAUUUUGUAAGAUAACACGCAUGUCAUUUUGUGGAAUACAGUAUUUAUGUUUCUGACAAACAGAGAUAGUUGUUAAUGCACUUUGUUACUUUGAAUCUGCUGAGUUAAUUGAGGGCCAGCAUUGAGGAAGCCAAAUUAAUGCUGGUUUACCUUUUUCAGAUGUUCAGCCUUUGUGAUUGGUUCAAGUCAACCUCAUUUGAUUUUUGUUUCAGUUGUGAAUCGUAGUGCUGCUAACCGUGCCCCGAACAGUAAAUGUGCACACCAGAGAUGCAAAUGAAA